AUGCGGAUUAGCGCAGAAACCAUACAGCAGGCCGAGCAGCGUGUGAAUCCCGACGGUGAGCGCGAGCUUGUGCUUCGGGAGCUAGCGAUUCCUUUCAUCGAGAAUAUGGGCGCUGCUCGGGAUGAUUACGACGCUUGGGACUUGACCAACAAUCGAAUAGUGCGCCUGGAAAAUUUUCCACGGGUACGAAGGCUCGCGACACUUCACUGCUCGGGGAACAACAUUGAAAGUGUGGACGCCAUAAAUAUUUCCAAAAAUGCAAAUUGCAUACGACAUCUCUACAUGAGUGACAACAACAUUGCGUCUCUGGGGGAACUGGUUAAUAUCGGUGAAGCGUGUGCAGGCCUCGAGCAUUUAUGUUUAGUUGGGAAUGCCGUAACUCGGCAACAACAUUACCGACUGUUUGCUAUUGCCAAGAUUCCAUCUCUUAAAGUUUUAGAUUUUCGAAAAAUUAAGCCAGGUGAGCGCGAGAAAGCUGCCAAGUUUGCUAUCAGCACGGCUGGUGCUGCACUAGAGGAGGAUGUGCAAAAGUCUUUGCCCAAAACUUUUGUUCCUGGUGAAGCAUUGGAUGGCGGGCGGUCGUUUACUCACAGAUUCACGGCGGCUGAAAAGGAAAAGAUUAGAGCUAUGCUUGAUAAUGCUAUGUCGGCCAAAGACGUAGAAGCAAUCGAAAAUGCCGUCAGCAACGGUGUUCUACCGGCAGGACUCGUAGUAGAAGAGAACCAGCCAGAUUCGAAACGAAGGAAGAUAUAA